CCGGUGAAAUGGGAUUAGAACGCUAGGCUCCCAGCCUGCUGCUUCCCCCACUAGGCAGCGUUGUCUCUAGUGUUUCUUUGAGGCGGUGUGUGCAUUCCAGAGCUCUAUCUGGGGCUCUGCUAGGGACUGCUCUAUAAAUAGGUGCAUGCUGCACCAUGGUGCGGGGACCCAAGGCAGAGCCUGCAGUCCAAGGAGACCAGGCAGACCAAGGAAGGACGAUUACCCGGUUUUACCCGGGGGGGGGGAAUUAAAGCGCAGGCUUUGUCUCUGCUGACCCCAAAGUUCUCUGUGAGAGAGCAAGCACGGGUAGCUCUGUCCCUGUGAAAUGCUGCUGGAGACAGGGUCCAUAUGGUGCGUGCAGCUUGGGAGCAUGAGGCCAGCUCCCUGCGCCCUCGCUCCCCUUGCAAAUGCCCUGUUUCCAUUGUGGCUUUGCAGUGAUGUGAUCGAUGUGGUCGAGUGAGUCAAUUUAUCUCCUAGUUAAAAAAUGCACUUUUCUGUAGUGAUGGCAAAGCCCUGGAGCGCUGCAGCAACCUACCCACUGAGCGAACCCCUCAGCACCUCAUUCAGCCUCUUAGUAAAGGCCACCUUCUGUGUCAGUAGGCUUGGGUGCACAGAAGGUGGCCUGAGGCUAGUGUGCUAGUAUCUGUGUGUGCGCAUAGGCCAUGGAGCAGGGGAGGGGGGCAGGCACCUUGCCUGUGGCCUGACCAGUGUUUAGCAUGUCCAUGAGAUAGGGUAGCUACCCAGCCGGUUUUGGACUGGCCGGGCUGGUUUUAGACUGGCCUGCCUGGUGUUUGUACUCUCUUGACAGCCUAGAGAUGUCAUUUGCGGGCAGGGUUUUUGGCGGGUGCCCGUCCAGCUGCAAGCACAGAGAUCGGGCAAGUAGAAGCCGCACACAUCGCGGGCAGGGCCGGCACCAAGAUCCUGCUCUGCCAGCGCAGCGGGCCGGGUCCUCACCUGGCAAAACCGGGGCAGCUCCUCUCCGUUCCAGGGCCAGCUGGGAAGUGGGCGGACCUGUCGCCCAAGGGAGGAAGAUGCUGUCCCGCCGGGGCUGCAAGCCUGAGGUCCUCAUCCUGACUGUGGUGGGGAUCGGUGGCCUCCUCUUCCUCCUCAUGACGAACGAGGGCAAGCAUGUGAUGAAGGCUGCCACGAAAGUCAGCAGUACCAGCCCCCCGCCCAACGUCCCCACAACCCCGUGGCACGGCCCUGAGUGCAAGGAGAGCUCCUCGGUCACAAAUAUCUCCGGCUUCGCUGACCUGCCUGGCCACAUCCAGGACUUCCUGCGUUACAAGCACUGCAAGGAGUUCCCCCAGCUGCUGGAUGCCCCUGACAAGUGUGGGGGGGCUGACGGCUCCCCAGGGGUCUUCCUCCUCCUGGCCAUCAAGUCGUCGCCCGGGAACUAUGAGCGGCGGGAGAUCAUCCGCAAGACUUGGGGGAAGGAGAGGACGUACCAAGGGGUCCGUAUCCGCAGGCUCUUCCUCGCCGGGGAGGUGAGGGGUGCACGGGAGGCUUGGAAGCUGAACCGGCUGCUGCGGCUGGAGGCGGCGGAGCAUGGGGAUGUGCUGCAGUGGGCGUUCCUGGACAGCUUCUUCAACCUGACCCUCAAGCAGGUGCUGUUCCACAGCUGGCUGGAGGCCCACUGCCCCGGCGCCCACUUCCUCCUUAACGGGGACGACGACGUCUUCGCCAACACAGACAACAUGGUGAACUACCUGCUGGGCUUGCGGGGGACCAAUGAUGGCGACGGGCACCUCUACGUGGGCCAGCUCAUCGCCAACGUGGGCCCCAUCCGCGAGAAGUGGAGCAAGUACUAUGUGCCCAAGCAGGUCACUGCCUCCAGCUCCUACCCACCCUACUGCGCGGGUGGCGGGGUGCUCAUGUCCGGCUUCACCGCCCGUGCCAUCUACAAGGAGUCGCUGGGCAUCGAGCUUUUCCCCAUAGACGAUGUCUAUCUGGGUAUGUGCCUGCAGAAAGCUGGGCUGGCCCCAGCCUCCCAUAUGGGCAUCCGGACUGUGGGUGUCAGGGUGCCUUCCUCCAAGCUGGAGUCCUUUGAUCCCUGCUACUACAAGGAGCUGCUGCUGGUGCACCGCUUCGUGCCCUACGAGAUGCUAGUGAUGUGGCAGGCCAUUCACGAGCCGGACCUGCGUUGCGGGAAGAAACUGCAGGUCUAUCAGAGCAUCUGAGGGGACCCUGGAAUCCGAGGGGAGGGGGCACCGGGGAGGGAUGUAAUGCCAGGUUGUAGGUGCUAGGGCAUCGGUGGGUGAUGCCACUUAUCUAGGUCUUCGCUGCUGUGCCCCAAAUGCUCCAGACCAGUCACCUCUUUCUUGCUCUUGAUGCCUAUUCCAGGAAGUCCCGGCUCCAAGGGGCGGGACUUCCAGGAACGAGCCUCAGCAGGACUUAUGGUUCUGUUGGCUAACAUGCAUGGAGUGCACAGAGAGGCUGAACGGCUCACUGGCUUCUGGUCCUGUCCCAACUGGUUUGGCUCAUUUGCCAUUCUUGGGAUGUCAGAAGCUUUUUCCGCAGCUCCUCCCUUCCCCGUAGCUGCGAUAAGCAUUUUGAGCUUGGUAGGGAUCCCUUUGCAGUGAUCCCCUGGGGGCGGCUACCUCCGAGAAGGCAACUGCCAGAAAGCCACCAGACUGGGGUGGAGGUGGGAAUUUCUGCCUCCUUGACUAAUGGGCACAUUUGCCACCUGGGUGCCCGAAUCCUGGGCAGGAUGUCACUGGCUUGGCCGAUGCCCAGAUCUUGGCCUGGACACUGCGUCUCUGGGGCCGAAGGUCCAAACACAGCAGGAAGUGGGUAGGGUGUCUGGCGUGAGGAGCUUGGCUCGGGGUCCUAGGCCCAGCCCCUGUUUCACCUCCGGCCCUAAGAGCAGGGGAUGGGCGUCAUGCACAUCCCUGCUCCAGAGCUUGGGGGCCAGAUCUGCCCUGGCGUAGCCAGCUGUGGCCCUGUAAAAUCAAUGGAGUCGUGCCUAGUGAGCCCUGGGUGAAUUUGGCUCUGAGGCUACAAUGCAGAAGCAGACAGUACGAGGGGGACAAGUCGGGUGUUCUCAGCUAGGCCCGCAGGGGCUCUCUGGCUUCUGCAGCUCCAGCCCUGUCCCUUGCUGCUAACGGUCUGGUUGGUGGAUAUAUUGACUGGGAGGGCUGGUGCUUCCAGCUCCUCAAAACAGCAGAGAGAAGCAGUGUCUGCUCCCCACCCGCCCCUGCUCCUUGUGAGUCAGUUUGUCCUGUGGGACUAGGCUGGCAGGAGGUGGAGAGGAACCAGAUUGA